UAAUAAAUAAUAAGAAUAUUUUUUGGAGAAAAAAAAAUAAAAAAAAGGGAGAAAAAAAAGAAGAAAGAAACAACAGUUAUACAAAUUAACAAACGCCGUAGUGAGAACAAUUAAAACUCACCGGUGGCUAUAGUAAAAGAAAAAAGGAAAAACAAAACAAAAAUGGCGGUAAACACGUGCGCUCAAAAUUGUACCGAGGAUGUAACCACCGGAUUCCUUUUCGAAAUGAUUUCUGGCGAUAUUUCGUUCUCCUGGAACGAAUAUUCCUACUUCAUAGCAUACAAUCCUUGGUUCUUUUCAAUGAUUGGCAGUACCAUGGUUGGGCUUGCUGGUAUAUUACCACUUUUGGUCAUCCCAAUUGAAGAAGGAGCUGAUCUCAAGAAUGGAGCUAAUGCAGGAACAUUGAAAUUGCUUUUAAGUUUUGCUGUUGGUGGUCUUUUGGGUGAUGUUUUCUUACAUCUUUUACCAGAAGCAUGGGAAAAUGAUUCCUUAAAAAGAGCUGCGAAUCCAGAUUUACAGUCAAUGCCUUGUGGUCUUUGGGUACUCUCUGGUUUUCUGGUCUUUGUUAUCGUUGAGAAGAUUUUUGCUUUUGAUCAUGACCCAGAUGAAAUACAAACUGACGAUGAUCAACAACAACAACAGCAACAGUUGGAGAUUAUUAAAAAAAAUCUUGAAACAGAAAAAGAAAUGGAGAACAAUAAUUGUAUUAAUGUAAUUGGGGUGAAACAAAAGAAUGGCUAUGUUCGACGUUUUGUCGCUAAUGAACUUUUGGAGAUGGAACCAUUUUUAGAAAAGGAAUCAUUGAAAAAUGGAUAUACUAAAAAGGAAAAUGGUAUUACAGAGGAACCAAAAACAAAUGGUUUCUUAAAAUCAGAAUAUAAAAAUGGUAUUAUAAUAUCUGAUGGUAUGUCGGCUGACAAAGUUAUGGAUUGUCUGAACAAACUUACAAAAAACAAUGGUUUUUCAUCAUCAUCAUCAUCAUCAUUAUCAUCAUCAUUAUUGAAUGGAUGUAUCAUUGACAAAAAACAAGUAUCAUCCAAUCCAAAAGAAGUCUUUCAAAAAACUGUUGUUAUCGGUGCUGCUGUUGCCCAAAAAACCAAACCAAAACACAUAGCAGGCUAUCUCAAUCUUAUGGCAAACUGUAUCGACAAUUUUACUCAUGGAUUGGCUGUAGGAGGAUCAUUCCUCAUGUCCUUCAGAUUAGGUGCUUUAACAACCUUCGCAAUUUUGGUUCAUGAAAUUCCACACGAAGUUGGCGAUUUUGCUAUUUUACUUCGUAGCGGUUUCAGUAGAUGGGACGCUGCUAAGGCACAACUUUUGACUGCAACUGGUGGCAUUUUUGGAUCGUUGGCUGCUCUUGUUUUUUCUGGCGGUGAAGUUGAGGCAAGAACAAGUUGGAUUUUACCAUUCACCGCAGGUGGUUUCCUCCAUAUCGGCUUAGUUACAAUUUUACCAGAACUGCUUAAAGAAUCUAGUCCAAAGGAAUCUUUAAAGCAACUCGUUACUUUGUUAUUUGGUACUACGUUAAUGGCAAUGUUAACAAUUUUAUGCGAUUAAAUAAAAUAUUUCUCAUGAAUUAAUUUCAA